AUGAAAAUUGGAGACCGCUUUCGCCUCAAAUCGCUCCCGAAUGACGAAAAUGGCCUUUUCGCCGAUCUGGAGGAGAUGAGCCGCUUCCACGCUCACAAGAUCAAAGAUGGCGUGGCAAGGAAACGCAAGGAAAACCGCCAGCCGCAAAGUUUGAGACGCUACUUCCAGAAUUACAAUGUACUCUACGACAUCCUACAACAAAUCAACACAAGCCAGAGCAAGCCGCCGACGUCUCGGGUCAUUUACUCCGACCUGGCCAAAGCAUACCUAUCAAUUGAUGUGUACCUCUCGGAUCGGUUUGGUCGUUCAUCAUUCAAAAAAAUCUUCCAAGACAGCUCCGUCGCCUUCUUCGCGUCAAGAUUCGAAUACACGGAGGGACCGAAGGACGGCAUAUUUUAUAUCGCCAUUAAACCUGGAGUGCAAAAAAUGACCCCCGAGGAAAUCGAUGAAGAGGUGAAGAAGGCCGAAGGAUCAUUCAUGGGUCCGCCUACCAUCGCUCAGAAUCCGAAGCCACCGGCGCCCGUGGUAAAGCUCGACGAAAGCGCUCUUGCGGUUGCUAGAGGCACGCUGACGCAACCGUUCAAGCCACCUCAGCGUAUCCCCUACACUGAGCCACCGGCAGCCCCGAAAACUCAACAACGCCCGGAAACUAAAAUACCCGACCGUGGUGAGCCGCGACAGAAACAGCAAGAGCCGGUUGCGGACGCAUGGGCCGAUGAUCAACCUGCGGUGCCGGCAGCGGCCGCGCAUUCUACUCUCCAUUUGCAUCGUCAGCAUCCCGGCACGACGCAGGAACAUCUACCGAUGGCACCCCAGUACGACCAACAACCCUUCGGUGGACAAGUGGCGGGAUAUCAUCCGAUUGCAGCCAACCAGGGACAGCCCGGUUUGCAGCCAGCUCCGGAUCGCUGGCGCGGCCCCUCACCAACACUUCCACAUGCUCAGUACCCGCCGCAAAUUCCGCCAUCCUGGGACGGUCAGUUUGGUGCACCACAUGGAAUUGCUGGCAAUCCGAGUUAUGCCUACCUCCCGGGCCAGCCGCCCUAUCCGCCGACCAACUAUUAUGGGAUGCCAGCGUCACAAUAUCCUCCGGCAUUCCCCCAUUACGGUCAUCCGGCUAUGCAUAUGAUGCACCCACCAGCGCCAGUUUACAUGAGCCAGCCAGUGCCCGCAUCGCAUCACGUGCUUUUGCCGUACAGGGACCACUUCAUCGCCAAGAUCUACGAAGCGGUGUUUGAAGCCGGAAAUGCGGGGCAAUACUUGGCGUUGCGCGAUUUGCUUCACCAUCUGACAACGACGCUGCCCCGCGGCUGCUGUGGCGUUCAUCCGUCCGAACUUGGCGCCGCGGAUUGGCCGUCGGUCUUCGCACUCGUGCGCCACCAGGACGGACACCCCGCCAUUCGUCUAUUGCAGCAAGGUGACGAGUAUCUGUUGCAGUACAUCAUGCCGGUGAGCGGUCGA